CACUCGCUCGAUUCGUCCAUUUCGAUUUUUUUUUUUUUUAACGACGAUGACAUUAUCCUGAAACGGGCAUGACGCCCCUGGCCUCGAGAUGCGACGAGACCACCACCAUCCUGCUGCUUCUCCUGCUCGAGCUCGCACCGGGUGCACGCUGCUACUCGCGCGCUGCUACCACCGCGCCCGCCCCGACUCUGUCGAGAUAGCAUCUACAGUCGACGGCGAGGGUGCGAGUGAUGCCGCCGCUCCUCGACACCAUUAUGACCAUCGACGCCGCCGGUAGUCCGACUACGGCGUCCAACAGCGUCCUCGACGAGAACAUGACGUGGUCUCGACCAACCGGUGGCUCUACGUCUUCCGCUAACGAGGCACACGCGAUCGACACCGCCAUCCUCACCGACGACCACCACCGCCGACGAAUACUCGGUUCCACGACGACCCUCCACGUCGAUCGUGGCACCGGCCGAAUCCCCACUACUACUAUCCUCCCAUCGACCGAUCCAUCGACCGAGGAGGAACCAUCCGACUACACGACCGAUUCGAUCGUUCCUCUUCCGACCGACCGCCACGACCUUUCCACCACCGAGAGGGGGGCAGGAGGAGGACGGGAGGACUGUGCCUGCGGCCAGGAGGGCUCGAUCGGACUGCCCUUCCUCGUGGCCGGCGAGGAUUUCGGAAACGCGAGCGUGGGCGGUAGCUCGACGAGCCUCGACGAGGAGACGAGCACGAGGGGGGUUGGUGGGGCGAGCACGAGCACGGAAGACGUGGAAGGAUUAAGGGAGUUGGAAGUGCUGUUCGGGUUGAACGGCAUAAUGGAGGACCUGGAUGGGUCGUUCAACGACUCUUUGAACGAGAGCCGGCUAUUGUUCCCGUGCAACGGUAGCCUGUGCAACGAGACGUACGUGGUGCUCGGGGGCAGCCUGUACCCGUCCGGGUACACGAUUCUGCAGAUAGUCCUGGCGUCCGUCCUUGUCACGCUGUUGAUGAUCGUGAUCGUGGUCGGGAACAUGCUUGUGAUAAUCGCGAUCGCGACCGAGAAGGCGCUCAAGAACAUACAGAACUGGUUCAUAGCGAGUUUGGCGGUGGCCGAUUUCUUCUUGGGCCUGGUGAUCAUGCCUUUCUCGCUGGCCAACGAGAUCAUGGGCUAUUGGAUCUUCGGCUACUGGUGGUGCGACAUCCACUCGGCCAUGGACGUGUUGCUGUGCACGGCGAGCAUCAUGAACUUGUGCCUGAUAAGCUUGGACAGGUACUGGAGCAUCACCCAGGCGGUUGAUUAUCUGAAGAAGAGAACCCCCGCAAGAGCGGCGCUCAUGAUCGCCCUUGUCUGGCUCCUCUCCGCCCUCGUUUGCAUCCCACCCCUCCUCGGAUGGAAGAGACCCACGCCGGCUGAAGAGUAUCCCAAGUGUAAGGUAAGCGAUUUUCCUUCUUUCAGAUUUCAGAGGGGAGCUUCUGAUACUAAUUUGAAAGCAAACCAAAUACCGUGUACAUCGAAAACUGCUAUUUUGAAAAACGACGAUAGGUAUAUUACAGAAGAAACAGAUGUAACGUGGUGGCCUGGCAACCAAUGUCCCGAUAUAAAUUUGUCUCUUAUCAAUUGCGGUACG